AACACACACCCAGCUGGCUGCUGUCAGCUCUCUUAAAGCUGUUUUCCCAGUCGGAGAUCCAAAGACACGCAGCUGCAACCAGGAGGAGAACAGAGGGAGGAGAAACGAGGAGCAUCCUCCUCCUCCUGUGAGACUCUGGUGGUUUAUUCCAGCUUUCUCUCUGCUGGACUUCAGGACUUUUUGGUGAGAGUGGGUGUUUUUUUUUUUUAAAGAAGAAGAGAGUUCAUAUGACAUAAUCGAAGUGAAUGGGUUGCCAUGGUGACUCACCCAGGGAGUCUGACCCGUGCGGAGUGAAUGGAGGGAGCGCCCUGUGAAGGAUAAACUCUCCAAGAGGAGUCAGCAGGGGAGAGAAGGAGCAGAAGAGGAGUGGAGGAGGUCAGAAUGGAGGACGGGUUUUCCAGCUACAGCAGCCUGUAUGACACCUCAUCACUGCUGCAGUUCUGCAACGAUGACAGCGCGUCGGCCGCCAGCAGCAUGGAGGUGGCCGAUCGCAUCGCCUCCCUGGAGCAGAGAGUCCAGAUGCAGGAGGACGAGAUCCAGCUGCUCAAGUCUGCUCUGGCCGAUGUGGUUCGGAGACUGAACCUGUCUGAGGAGCAGCAGGCCCUGGGGACACGACGAGGACCCACAAAAGACCCUGCUAUGAUGAGAAAAUCCCCGUCAGCAGACAGCCAUGUUGGGAAGUCAGCCAGGCCGAUGAUUGCCACUCUGCCAUUACGGCCCACAGUAAACAACGGGACCGUCCUACCAAAGAAAGGCACCAUGCCCUCUCCGUCCGGAUCUGGAUCCAGGAAGGACGGCAGCGCAGCAGCCAACAAGAGUUUGUCCUCUCUGUCUCUUUCUGACAGAAGACUCUAUCUGCCCUUCAGCACUGUGAGGAGAGCCAACUCGAACGAACACGUAGGGACUCUAACUCGUAAGGAUUCAGGCGACUCUAAGGGCAACCGAACCAGGGCCGGGUCCACCGGCAGCAGCUCCAGCAGCAAACGGAGCGACAGCAAACAGAAGGAUCCAGUGUUCAACGCAGAGGAGGGUUAUGUGAAAAUGUACUUGAAGGGUCGUCCCGUCACCAUGUACAUGCCCAAAGACCAGGUGGACAGCUACAGCCUUGAGUCCAGAGGAGAGCUGCUCGCUAACAAACUCAAACUGGACUGGGUCUAUGGAUACCGUGGCCGAGACUGUCGCUCCAACCUUUACCUGCUUCCCACCGGAGAGACGGUGUAUUUCAUCGCCUCUGUGGUCGUCUUAUUCAACGUGGACGAGCAGCUGCAGAGACACUACACGGGACACACAGACGACAUCAAAUGCCUGGCUGUCCAUCCUGAUAAAAUCACCAUAGCAACCGGGCAGGUAGCAGGCACCUCAUCAGAUGGGAAAAUGUUGGCUCCUCACGUUCGUGUCUGGGACUCUGUCAGCCUCAACACCCUCCACGUUCUGGGGACCGGCUUCUUCGAUCGGGGACUCGUCUGCCUGGCUUUCUCCAAGUCGAACGGAGGAAACACUCUUUGCGUCGUGGAUGACUCCAACGAUCACGUCCUGUCUGUCUGGGACUGGCAGAGAGAGGACAGACUGGCUGAAGCUAAGUGCUCCAAUGAGUCGGUGUUCGCUGCAGACUUUCACCCAACUGACAGCAACAGCGUAGUGACCUGUGGCAAGUCUCAUCUUUACUUCUGGACCCUGGAGAAAGGAGGCACGCUGGUGAAGAAGCAAGGACUGUUUGAGAAACACGAGAAGCCCAAGUUUGUAUUGUGCGUGAACUUCGCUGAAAAUGGAGACACCAUCACCGGAGACUCGAGCGGAAACAUCCUGGUGUGGGGAAAAGGCACUAAUCGCAUCAGCCACGUCAUCCCAGGAGCCCACGUGGGCAGCAUCUUUGCUCUGUGCAUGCUGAGGAACGGCACGCUGGUGUCUGGAGGGAAGGACCGCAGACUCAUCUCAUGGGACAGCAGCUACCAGCAGGUCCAAACAGUGGAGGUGCCUGAAUUGUUUGGUCCCAUCCGGACCAUCGCAGAGGGGAGACGGGAGACGGUGCUCAUCGGGACCACCAAGAACUUUGUUUUACAAGGCAGUUUGGAUGGAGAGUUCACGCCUAUUACACAGGGUCACAUUGAUGAGCUGUGGGGUCUGGCAGUUCAUCCCUGGAAGUCUCAAUUCCUGACCUGUGGAUAUGACAGACAGGUUUGUCUGUGGGACUCAAACACCCAUCAGCUCAUCUGGACUAAAAGUUUGGAAGAUACAGCCCAGUCAGCAGGUUUUCAUCCAUCAGGAGCUGUGGUUGCCAUAGGAACCCAAACUGGCAGGUGGCAGGUGCUGGAAACGGAUUCCAAGGAUCUAGUUUGCGUCCACACGGAUGGGAAUGAGCAGCUGUCUGUCAUGCGUUACGGGCCAGACGGUAACUUCCUGGCUAUCGGUUCCCACGACAACUACAUCUACAUCUACGCCGUGGCAGAAAACGGGAGGAAAUACAGUCGAGUUGGAAAGUGUUCGGGUCAUUCCAGUUUCAUCACCCAUUUGGACUGGUCAGUGGACUCCCAGUACCUGGUGUCAAAUUCAGGCGACUAUGAGAUACUGUACUGGAUCCCAUCAGUGUGUAAACAGGUGGUCAGUGUGGAGACCACCAGGGACAUUGAUUGGGCCUCCUACACUUGCACUUUGGGCUUCCAGGUGUUCGGACUGUGGCCCGACGGGUCAGACGGCACCGACAUCAACGCAGCGUGCAGGUCCAACGACAAGCGCCUCCUGGCUACCGGGGACGACUUUGGGAAGGUCCAUCUCUUCUCGUACCCCUGCUCACAGUACAGGGCUCCCAGCCACGUUUACGGUGGCCACAGCAGUCACGUAACCAACGUGACCUUCCUGUUUGACGACAGCUGCCUGGUGUCGACUGGUGGGAAGGACAUGAGCGUUUUGCAGUGGAGGAUAGUCUGAGGCCAAACGGAGACCAGAACCAAACUGUACUGAACUGCACUAAGACAAAAACCUUAAUGAACUUUAAUUAAAGUGGAUCU